UCAGCUGUUCACUCCCCUCUCGCCCUGUCACUCCGUCCCCGGCCAGCCGCCGAGCGCCCCUCUGCAGCCAGGCCCGGGGGUCGGCGCUGGCCAGACCGAGGCCGGGGCCCGUCUGCGGGGCGCUGAGCUGCUGCGGGGGAGGAUUUACCCAGUGGCGAGGGAGCUCGAAGCUCAGAGCAUGACGGAGAAGGAGGCGCUGGCACCACCAGCCUCACCCGCGCCAGUGGGGAAGCCUGCAAGCAGGCUCCUGGCACUGAAGCAGCUGUUUCUGCGGAGGCCCAAGGAGGAGCCACCGGCAGAGCCGCAGCCCAACGGGGAGCUGGUCAGUCCCACGGGGGGGCCCCUCUAUUACUUCUACGAGGAGGAGGAGGAGGAGGAGGAAGAGGAGCCCGAGCCGCCCCCCGAGCCCCAGAAGCCCGUCAACGACAAGCCCCACAAGUUCAAGGAUCAGUACUUCAAAAAGCCCAAGUUCUGUGACGUCUGCGCCCGCAUGAUUGUCCUCAACAACAAAUUUGGCCUGAGAUGCAAGAACUGCAAAACCAGCAUCCACCAGCACUGCCAGUCCUAUGUGGAGAUGCAGCGCUGCUUCGGCAAGAUGCCCCCCGGAUUCCGCCGGGCGUACAGCUCCCCGCUCUACAGCAACCAGCAAUACGCCUGCGUCAAGGAGCUGCUCUCGGCAGCCAAUCGCAGCGACCCCGUGUUCGAGACCCUCCGGACGGGCGUCAUCAUGGCCAACAAGGAGCGGAAGAAAGGACAAGAUGAUAAGAAGAACCCCUUGGCCGCCAUGAUGGACGAGGAGCCGGAGCCUGGGAAGCACGAAGUGGGCAAACUCGAGGCAGGCAACCCAGAAGGGGACAAGAAGGCAGAGAAAAGCACCUCCGAUGACAAGAACAAGAAGCCGCAGCCCGGCUUCCUGCAGACUCAUUACUUCGUGGCACUUUAUCGCUUCAAAGCCCUGGAGAAGGACGACCUGGAUUUCCACCCGGGGGAGAAGAUCACGGUGGUGGAUGACUCCAACGAGGAGUGGUGGCGGGGGAAGAUUGGCGAGAAAAUCGGCUACUUCCCCCCAAACUUCAUCAUCCGGGUGCGGGCGGGCGAGCGUGUGCACAAGGUCACCAGGUCCUUUGUGGGCAACAAGGAGAUUGGGCAGAUCACGCUGAAGAAGGAUCAGAUCGUGGUGCAGAAGGGGGAGGAAGUGAACGGCUACGUCAAGGUGUACACCGGCCGCAAGGUGGGGCUCUUCCCCGUCGACUUCCUGGAGGAGAUUUGAGCCCUGGCCGGCGCCGGCAGCGGUCUUUAGCCAAGGGGUGAGCGGGCUGGGCCUGGAGCCGCGACUCGGGCCCGAACACAGCCACCGGGGGCAUUUCCUUAGAGACAGCUCCUGGGGGCAGCUGCUGACGGAGCUCCCCUCCCGGGAUAAAUUCCCCGCGUCGCUGCAGGGAGCAGAUCCUCAGCAGGGACGUUGGAGCUGGGAUGCCACCUUGGGCAGGACCUGUCUGUGAACUUGGCCCGGGACAGUGAGGGGCCGGCCGGGACUGGUCGCAGGCUGGGGCACGCAGCGGAUCCCUUGUUUGCUCUCUCUGGAGGAUGGAAGUGGGGUGGCGGCGCCGAGGGGGGCAGACAGGAGCCCUCCUGGACAUGUUCCUUUGCUGUGAUGCCCCGUUGCUGCCUUCGGACACCUCCCGUCCUGCCAGGCUCACCAACGGGGGGGAGGGUUUUCACUCAGGGCUGGGGUACCUUCCCCGGGGUGUGUGCGGGGGGGGGUUACCCCGGCUAUUGCUGGGUGUUUGCAAU